AUGUCAUUCCUAGAAGAUGGAGAAUAUGAAUUAGAUGUAUCGAUACUAUUAGAUAACCCAUCAACUAAUAAUAAUUCUUUCAAUGAUAAUAUUGCCAUUCGUUAUGGGUUUAUACCUGAUUCAAUGGAUCAAUCUAAACCCUUAAAACUAUAUCAACAAGAUCAAACAUGUAUAUUAAAGGCAACUCUGUCUGAUUCUGACCCAACACCAAUAUUUUUUGAAGGUAUACCGCAACGAUAUCAAAUUAAUAAUACUACCAGUAGUAAUACCAAUAAUGAUGCCUAUUAUUUAACAUUUAAUUCUCAAAAUCAUACCACCAACAAUAACAAUAAUAACAAUAAUAAAGUUGUUGAAUUGAAAAAAUUGGAUUCAACUAUUAAGUUUAAUAAAAGUAGAAAUGUCAGUAAAUUACAGAAUCAAAUUAAAACUAUGGAGAAACAAUAUCAGGUACAACAACGACAACAACUGAAAUUAUUGAAAAAUGACAAUAAUACCAGAACACCAACGCCGAAUCCAAAUCUGACCAUAUCUUCAAAUUCAUCAGUUAUAUUACCACCAUCCAAAAAAUCAACACCUAAAACUUCACCCCUUCGAAAACCUCCUAAACCAACAGUUACACCAGUUAGGAAAAUGGCAUCUAAACGUCCACCUUCAGCUACAAAUACCCCAGAAAUCAAACCUAAAGAAAGUUCUUCAGAACCUAUAAUUAGUGAAUCUGAUUUUGAAGAUUUGGAAAUGGAUGAUAAACUGACAGAAGAAGUUCCCAUUAUUGAAUUCAAUUUUGAUAAUUAUGAUAAUGAUGAGGAUAAAAAGGAGGAAGUAGUAAAUAAAUCAAAGAAUGAAAAUCAAAAUAUCACAAAAGGGAUGGAACUGAAACCAAAACCAAAACCAAAACCAAGUGAGGAAACUUCCAAGACAAAAGUGAAACCACAACCUCGAAAACAGAAAAAACAGAAAAAACCACUUAGUGAAGAAACUGUUGAUUUGACAGAUGAUUUAGAUGAUGAUUUCAAAGAUUUAGAAGAUCAAUUAGAAGAACUUUUAGAAGAAGAAGAACAACCUAAACAACAACAAAUCAAGGAGACCAAAUCAAAUCAAUCUAUACAGAAGAAACCAUCACCUACUAUAGAAGUUGAUCCAAUAGCAUUUAAUGAUUCUGAUGAAAGUGAUUUUGAAGAUUUUCAUUUCACAGGGAUUAAAAUUGAUGAAGGUAAUAAUAGCAAUUCUUCUUCUUCUAAUAAUAAUAAUAAAACUAAAAAUAUUUCAAUUGAUAAUGGUAAUAGUAAUGAGGAAUUGAAUUUUAACAAGACUGUACUGGGUGGUAAACCAAGAAGUUUACGUGAUUUAAUUUUAGGUGGUAAUACACCAAAUAUAGAUGAUGGAAGUAGUAGUGAAGAAGAAUAG